AAAGUUUCAACAGAAUAGAAUGUAACAGAUUCAUGAUGGAGUAACUGUAUCACUCUUUUUUGGAAAACAAUGUUUAACUUGGUGCUGGUAAAUGUGUCUUGAUUUGACUUUUUUUAAGUCAGUGCCACCUAAAUUCAGUUCACUGCAGGAACAUUUAGCUUAUUGUGGAGUCUGAAAGUACAGGAGCAAAAUGAAAUUUGACAACAUACUUUCAGAAAUUAAUGGAUUUGGAAAAUUCCAAAUCAAGCUGGUCUUGAUUCAGAUGUUAUCUCGAAUUACUAUGCCAUGUCAUUUCCUGCUGAAUAACUUCAUGGCAGCUGUUCCCCCUCAUCACUGUAACAUCACUGCUCUGGAUGAUGGAGACAUCUUCAGGAAUUUGACUCAGGAACAGAAACUGGCUGUUGGAGUUCCGGCAGAGCAGGAUGGGACUCCGAGCUCCUGUCAAAUGUUUUCAAAGCCCCAAUAUCAACAUCUGUCAGGCUCAAACAAUAGUGAGGAUGCAUUUACUUUUCAGUGUCAGAAUGGAUGGGUGUAUGACAACAGCACAUUCAAAUCUACUUUGGCAACUGAGUGGGAUCUUGUGUGCAGCAGAAAAGGGAUGAACAAGGCAACAGCCACUAUUUUCUUCAUUGGUGUUAUGCUUGGAGCCCCUUUAUUUGGGUUUCUCAGUGACAGGUUUGGACGACGGCCGCUGCUGUUGGUGUCUUAUUUGUCGUCCCUGACUUUUGCAGUCCUGAGUGCAUUCUCUACAUCGUAUGUUAUGUUUGUCGUCUUGAGGUUUUUUACGGGGAUGUCACUCGCAGGAGUUAGUAUCAUCUCUAUUGUUCUAAAUGUUGAGUGGUUUGGCAUUGAACACAGGACCUUCUCAGGUGUAAUUAUUAGCCUGGAUUGGACACUUGGUAACUGGAUUCUGGUUGGAAUGGCAUACAGUGUUAAUCAGUGGAGGCUGCUCAUUGUGGCAGUGACCUCACCCUUGAUACUGUCCAUCAUGGCUUGGAGGUGGCUUCCAGAGUCUGCAAGGUGGCUCCUGGCAAAUGAGAAGGCAGACGCUGCUUAUCAUUACAUAAUGCAAUGUGCCAAAAUGAACAAUAGAACCAAGUGUAUGGCCACCAUCACACCAACGGAAUUAUUGGCAUCUGCACAGAGUGAAACAAAAGACAAGAAGUAUACUUUUGUGGAUCUUUUCAAGACCCCAAAUAUUAGAAAACGUUCUAUUUGCUUGGGAAUAGUAUGGUAUGGAGUUGCGUUUACAUAUUAUGGGAUAAGUCUAAAUAUCACUGGGUUUGGACUAAACCCAUACCUCACACAAUUCAUAUUUGCAUCCAUCGAAAUGCCAAUGAAGAUUGGUGUGUACUUCUUCCUGGAGAAAGUCGGCAGAAGGUCUGGCCAGACAGGAGCACUGUUGCUAACUGGUCUCUGUCUCUUCAUCAACAUGUUUGUUGCAAAAGAUAGGUGGGUCAUUCGCACUGUUGUGGCUGUCCUUGGAAAAUCCAUGUCAGAGGCCACAUUCACAAUCAUAUUCCUCUUCACAACUGAGCUCUAUCCUACAGUUGUACGACAAAAUGGUUUAGGCUACACCUCUUUUAUGGCAAGGCUUGGCGUGGCCAUAUCUCCACUUAUCAUGCUAUUGGAGGACGUGUGGCAUCUCCUCCCUACAGUCACUUUUUGCGCAAUGGCGGUUGGAUCCGGUCUAGUGGCUUACCUCCUGCCUGAAACAUUAAAUGCCAGACUGCCACAGUACAUUGAGGAUAUUGAGAAACCAAGGGCAGAAUCAACAAGGAACGAGGAGAUUCAAUAAAUAUCACAUGUAUUGAUAAUGACAUUGAUAUUU